AUGAACAUAAUGGAAAAUAGCCCUUUCUUGGCUAACAUCAUGAAGCAAAGUGCUUUGUGUGGUGAACUGAAGUAUGAUUUAUCCUGCGAACUCUACAGAAUGUCAACCUUUUCUACUUUCCCCAUUAACGUGCCAGUGUCAGAGCGGAGUCUUGCCCGGGCUGGGUUUUAUUACACUGGUGUGCAAGAUAAAGUUAAGUGCUUCAGUUGUGGAUUAACAUUGGACAGCUGGCAACCAGGAGAUAAUGCUCUGGAGAAACACAAACAGCUGUAUCCUAGCUGCGGUUUUGUUCGGAACAUGCUUUCAGUUAACAACCUUGGACUGUCCUCUCGUUCUGCCUUUUCGCCUCGGGUCACAAACUGUCUCUCACCAUCUCUACAUUCCAUGACACUUUCUCCAAGUUUUGAUCAGGUUGGAUAUUUCAGUGGCUCUUUUUCUAGUUUUCCUCAAGACCCAGUCACUACUCGGGCCGUUGAAGACCUUUCAUUCUUGAGACCUAAGCUUCACAAUCCUUCUAUGAGUACAGAAGAUGCUAGGCUGCGCACUUUUCACUCGUGGCCACUGACAUUUCUCUCGCCCACUGAUCUGGCAAAGGCUGGACUUUAUUACUUGGGGACAGCAGACAAAGUUGCUUGUUUCACCUGUGGAGGCCAGCUGAGUAACUGGGAACCAAAAGAUAACGCUAUGUCAGAGCAUCGGAGACACUUCCCUACCUGCCCCUUUGUGGAAAGCCUUACCCGAGACCAGCCGAGUUUCAAUGUUUCGAAUGUGAGCAUGCAGACCCAUGAAGCACGUGUUAAAACAUUCAUAAAUUGGCCAACCAGAAUUCCAGUUCAGCCUGAACAGCUUGCGCAUGCUGGCUUUUACUAUGUAGGCCGCAAUGAUGAUGUCAAGUGUUUUUGCUGUGAUGGUGGGUUGAGGUGUUGGGAAUCUGGAGAUGAUCCAUGGAUUGAGCAUGCAAAGUGGUUUCCAAGGUGUGAGUAUCUGCUUCGUGUAAAAGGAGGAGAGUUUGUAAGUCAGAUUCAGGCCAGGUUCCCCCAUCUUCUUGAGCAGCUCUUGUCAACCUCUGAUACACCUGUGGACGAAAACAUUGAUCCCCCAAUUAUUCAUUUUGAACCUGGGGAGAGUCAUUCAGAAGAUGCAAUCAUGAUGAACACACCUGUGGUUAAAGCUGCCUUGGAGAUGGGAUUCAGUAGAAGGCUUGUAAAGCAAACGGUGCAGAGUAAAAUCUUGGCCACUGGAGAAAACUACAAGACUGUGAACGAUCUUGUGUCUGAUCUGCUCACUGCUGAAGAUGAGAAGAGGGAAGAAGAGAGGGAGAGACAGUUUGAAGAACUGGCAUCAGAUGAUUUGUCCUUAAUCCGGAAGAAUCGAAUGGCUUUAUUCCAACGUUUAACGUGUGUCCUUCCAAUCCUUGGGAGUUUACUGUCAGCUGAAGUGAUAACAGAACUUGAGCAUGAUGUUAUUAAGCAAAAGACUCAGACAGCAUUGCAAGCAAGGGAACUGAUAGAUACAGUUUUAGUGAAAGGAAAUGAAGCAGCCAGCAUAUUCAGAAACUGUCUACGAGAUUGUGACCCUGUACUGUACAAAGACUUAUUUGUGGAGCAGAACAUGAAGUAUGUUCCCACAGAAGACGUUUCAGGUUUACCUAUGGAAGAACAAUUAAGAAGAUUGCAAGAAGAAAGAACAUGUAAAGUUUGCAUGGACAAAGAAGUUUGUAUUGUUUUUAUUCCAUGUGGUCACUUAGUGGUAUGCAAAGAAUGUGCACCGUCCCUUAGAAAAUGCCCUAUUUGCAGGGGGACAAUCAAGGGUACAGUUCGCACAUUUCUUUCAUAAAGAGGGAAACUUGCAAAACGCCUGUUCCUGCCAUCCUCCAACUGCCCAAGCUUAAGCCAGCAGUGUCUUAAGAGUGGAAAACUGUGGAACAGGAGGUGAUUAAUCAACUUCCUAUCACCCUUACGUAACA